AUGAAGGAUAACGUCGCGGCGGCGGUGCCUCGGUUGGUGGCUCACCGCGACGUCGAGAUGUUCUCGCAUUACGUCGCUAAUCAAAUCGGGAUCGAGGAUCCGAACCAGUGCCCCCACCUUUGUACAAUGGCCUACGAGUACCUGAAGAAGAGCGAGGGCUACGAGCAGAAUCUGCUCGCCUUCUUCCACAACAACAUGGACCCGGACGCCCUGCUCGUGAAGCUGAUCGAGGAGCUGGACAGAUGCAUACUCGGCUACUUCUCCUUCCACUGGAAGUGUGCAACCCACGUGAUCACGCAGGUUCUGACAGCAGAGCAACCUAAACGCAAGCUCAGGAGCUUGGUGUUUGAGGCCACUAGGAAGAUGAGGUUCGAGAGGGUGACGAGAGAGCUGAAGGUGACGAGGCUCUUCUCGACUCUGAUGGAGGAGCUCAAGGUGGUCGGGAUAAGCUGCCACGACAACCAGCCGCGCUACCCCCCCGCGGAGGUGAUGGUCCCGGCGGCGCAAGGCGACCGCAGCCCGGUGCUGCUCCUGAUGGGCGGCGGCAUGGGCGCCGGCAAGAGCACCGUGAUCAAAGAAAUCAUGAAGGAGAUGUUCUGGUCUGGCGCGGCGGCGAACGCGGUCGUGGUGGAGGCCGACGCGUUCAAGGAGUCAGACGUCAUCUACCAGGCCAUCAACUCCCGCGGCUACCACAACGACAUGCUGCAGACCGCCGAGCUGGUGCACCGGUCGUCGACGGACGCGGCGGCGUCGGUGCUGGUGACGGCGCUGAACGAGGGACGGGACGUGAUCAUGGACGGCACGCUGUCGUGGGAGCCGUUCGUGCUGCAGACCGUGGCGAUGGCGCGGGACGUGCACCAGCAGCGGUACCGCAUGGGGGUCGGGUACAAGGUGGCCGCCGACGGGACGACCACCGAGCAGUACUGGGAGGUCGUGGAGGAAGAGGAGGGCGUCGGGCCCAACUGCAGAAUGAAGCCCUACCGCAUCGAGCUCGUCGGCGUCAUCUGCGACGCCUACCUCGCCGUCAUCAGAGGGAUCAGGCGAGCCAUCAUAUGCGGGAGGGCCGUGCGGGUGACCUCGCAGCUCAGGUCCCACAAGCGGUUCGCCUCCGCCUUCCGGAGGUACUGCGAGCUCGUCGACAACGCCAGGCUCUACAGCACCAACGCCAUCGGCGGCGCAAAGCUGAUAGGUUGGAAGGACGGGGGCAGCAGGCUGCUGGUGGACGUGGAGGAGAUCGAGCUGCUGGACAGGGUGAGCAGGAUCAACGAGGAGGCCAACUGCGUGCACGAGCUGUACCAGAACCGGCACCCCACGGGCGGCGCCGGGUCGGUCUGGGAGGACCUGCUGGCGUCGCCGGAGAGGGCUUCCAUACAGCGGGAGCUCAAGGCGGCGAUCCUCGAGAGCGAGGCCUGCUUCCCGUCCCCGUAG